GUUUCUUGGUGCUGCUGGUGUAUUAUACGCUUACAUCUGCAUGUGCUGGUGAGAUGUGCUUGAGUUGGAAAUUCUCCUUCGUUCUCUCUGUUCCCCACUUUUCUUUAGCAAUUUACACUUCACGGAUCUUUUCAAGCAGUUUUUGGUUAUGGAAGUGAAUGAAUUUCUUCAUUUGGUUUCAUCAAUUAUGUUGUCUGAAUCACAGAUGAUGUAGCAGGAACGUUUGAGUCUUGGGUUAAUGGGGUGACCAUAGAAACAACGACUUUGUCAUGAGCAUUAAUGCCAGGAUUUAUUAGCAUAAUGAUAUGCUGCUGUUAUGGAUUGGUAUAUGCCAACUUUCAUAUAGGAAGAAGAAAGAAUGUGACACCAAAAAUCCUGUUAAUUGGAAGAAUUGCAUAGGCUUUUUAUUCAACUAGAACGUUGCCUUUAGAUCAAGCUCGUCCAUCUUCUGGGACUGGGUGCCUUUUUGGCAUGAAAUGGCCUAGCAAUUAUGCUAAGGAUGUUGUGGCAAUAGCUGUGUCACAUUCCAAUGUUUGGUGAAGCAAAAUAUUAGUGUGGAGUGUUACUGGCAAUCUAGGGAAUGAUGUGGCACUUACCAUAUUUUAUUAUAGUUCUAAAGGGGCUCUGGGGUGCUGAGAUACUAUUUGACCCAGUGACUUGUAAAUGCCUUAGUCAAAUUCAUCUCAUUCUUAGUUUUGAAUUUGACAUUAUGCUGCCUGUUGUGGUGAUCUUAUUUCGUGGGGCUGUAUACUGAGUGUAACAGUAACAGUAUUCAUAAAGAAUUCACUGUAAAUUUGUAUGCACUAUGGACACUGCAAUGUUGGACCAAUAGUGCAUAUGAUUGAUGGAGACUACUGUUCAUUUGCCCUGAAUUGAUAUUAACUUUCCUUUAAUGCUGGUGAUUGUUGUUAUUCUGCCAAAAGUUGGUUUCUGCAAUAGCACACCUACUCAUUACUGGGAGUCAUGUAGUGCUGGGUGAUGCUUUAUUUGGAUAUGAGCCUGUGGGUUUGCUGACAGAGAAGCUGUUUGAUCACCACAAGUUGGUUAUAUUCUCUCGUGGUCCUAAAAUGUUGAGGGAUGGAUGGAUACUAGUGCCGAGAGUGUUGAUAGCAUAGCCAGAAUGCAUGAACUUUCUCCCUUUUGCAUUAGCUAGUUUGAGGGCUGGAAAAAAUCUUCUUAGUUUGAAUUUAUUCUUCCUAAUUUUGAAUUGUCAUCCCUUAUUGGGGCUGAUGCACCUUCUUAAGGCAGGCCUCAUUCACUUUUUAUGCAUUUAUACACAACUCCCCUGUCUCUGGUUUGUGAAGAGAGUUUAUUACAAUUGGAUAUUGGGAUUGUGGUUUGUUGUUGAUAUUCCGGUAAAAGGCAAUUUUUUUAUUUGGAAAGUCAUUACAUUGAGUUUGAAGUUUUUCUUCAAAUAUGAACAGAUUCAGGAAUACGCAUGAUAAAAAGCAAUAUUAUUUACGGUGCUGUUUAAUUUAACACCAAAAACCUAUGUUUCUGUGAGGGUAUUAUUUAGUAUUUGGAUUAUAGUGAAAUCUGAAACUAAACCUGAAGCUCAAUGUUUCCUCAUAAUUGAAAGCCAAUGUUAAAUCUGUAUUUUUUCUGACAAUCCCCGGUUCUAAUUAUUUAAUAUAUAUAUUUUUAUAUUUGGAUUCUAUCAAUGCCAACACCAGUUUUUAGCAGAUGCUGUUGGCUUUAACACUUUUGUUUGUUAAAGAAUUGCUUCAUAACUUUUUGGCAAAAAAAAUUGCACAUAUAGUGACAUCUUUUUAAUUAUGUACACUUCAGACAUUGCCAAUAUCUGGAGAUAUGUAAGAUGUGGAUGGUCAGGGGCAUGUCCUUUGCACAGUGCUGAUUUUGUUCCAUAUAGUUAAUUAAUGUUUUUAGUGUUCUUGACUGGUUUUAAUCUGUUUCUUUCCUUUCUAAAUUGAAAUGAUCCAAUUUAACUCAUUGAAAGUAUGCCUCUUCCUUAUUUUGGCUUUAAAUUAUUAGAGCUGGGAUAAUGUGGAUUUCUAUUUUCUUGACUAUUAUGUUUGCCUGGUCUCAACCAUUGAGAAAGGUACUUUCUGCUCAUAAUUAUGUUACAAUUUUGUGAUUGGGAGAUUAAAAGAUAGUGGUUUUGAAAAAACUGGUGCUGGUUCUUAAACUAUUUGUGACAUAAAAAUCACGUCAUUUCCUUGUAGUAAAAACUGCAGUCUAGUUUUGACAUUUUUUCCCCCAGACUCUUGUGCUUUGUAUAAGAUAAACAGGGUGAACUUGUUUUUGUUUUUUUAACAAUGAAUCCAUCCUUUAAAUUUUCUGUAAGAUAUACAUCACUUUUAUUAAACCUUUCAUUUUUGUUGUAGUUCAAAUACUCUGUUUGUUUAGCUAAUACACUGUAUUUACAUAAACUAUUUGUGUUUAGUUGGUCUUGCCUUGACUACUGAUACUUAUUAGAAGGCAAAUAUAGGAGUCACUCACUUUUGUGCCUGAUUGUGCACAUAGUUGGUUAUCUUUUUCAAGUGCAGGAAAAGAAUAGAAAUGCUAACAUUUGCUGAGUGAUCUUUGUAAAUCUUGCCAGGUAAGUCUGUUGCUUGAGUCAUCCUACUUCCAAUCACUCCUCUUUUUAAGUCAUAUCUGAACUCUUGCUGCUAUGCAUGAUAAGCUAGAGCUAGAGUGAGGAACCAUCAUCCAUCUAAUUUAAAUGUCAGCUAUGUCAUUUUUUCUCCCUUGUGUAUGUACACUACUUCCUUUUUCCCUCAUAUAUUUUCUUGUGUCAAUGAAGAGAGGCAUCCUAUGAGCUUGGUUUCAAGUGAUUGAACUUAUUGGGGCUCAUGGUAUUUGUUAUGGUUAAGGAGUAUAUGAGUGGCAACUGUUUAGUAUUUUACAGGCUAGUUUCUGCCAAUUUAUGGUGAAUUCCCAAGCCUUGAUGAUCUGAAGCAUAUAUUUCCUCCUCUCCUUCAGAAAUAAUUGCCAGUGGCGAUUCUCCUCAUUUGGCCAAAUUGUAUUGUGGCUGGUAGUCAUGCUUCUCUUUUUGUGCAUGCCUGUUCAUGGCGUUCUAGUUCACCUGGGCUGUAGCCUUCAUCUAUCAUGCAAUUUUGGUGGUAAUUGGAACACUAACAUAGAUAGUAUAGCUCAUGCUCUGGACAUGAAGUUUCAAGCUAGGUGGUCUUCUGUAGGCCUAGAUCCUUUUGCCCUGUAAAGGAUUGAAUGGCAAAUGAUGUAAACUGAUGAAUAAUAUAUCGAUAAUCUAAGGAAUUUUUCUAUUGACUAGACAUGUGGAAGUGCCAGUGGUGCUUGUAUAUGCUGUAAGUGGAAGAGGAAGGUUGAGUUAUUUGCUGGUCUAACUUAACCAUACUGUCUAUUUUGACUCCUGAGAUUGCUAGUGAGUCAUGGGGCAUAGACAUUUAUAUAGCUCAUCUCCAAUAUUUGAGGGUGAACCUGACCAGAACUGGAAUCAUAUGCAUAUGGAUCAACAAUAUGUGAACCAUGGUAGGAGUACCACUUCAGACAAUGGUUCUUUUAUUUAUCCUUUGGAAAAUAUGUCCAUAGAUAGCAUUUCUUUUCCAUCUCAUUGGAACACUGCCCCAAGGUCAAACGGAUAUGCAUCCACAAGUCUCAACAUUGAAGCACCCCCUCAUCAAACAGAUGUAUCAGGCACUUCUCAUGAUCAUUUUCUGCCUUCAUCAAGUGCUGGAAUGUUUUAUGCAGUGCCUGAAAAUUAUGUACACCAGCCUUCUAAUUCUAAUUAUGACAGACAAGCAUUUUCUGCUGCUGAUGGGGGUUUUAUUGAUCUUACAAUGGGAAAUGGACGAGGGCCUCACAAGCGAAAGAGCCCUGGAAUUCCUCCAGUCUGUGAAAGAGGCAGUACAAGCAGAUAUUCCAAUGCUACAAAUGCAGCUGAUCGUCCUACAUCUUCAGAAUUGCAGCCAGAGAAGCCCAAUAUGGAUUCUCUAUAUAUGCCUUGGGACCAUGUUAAUAUGACACCCACAUUUAGAGGUAGAGGCCUAUCUAUAAGGGGUGAGGGUCCUUUAAGGAAUGUGAGGAGCCGUUCUGCACUUGAUUUGGAAUCCAACCUGGCUAGGACCCAUUUAUCAAAUACUCAUCCACACAACUCAUACUCUACUGGUCUACCAAUUGACCAUUCUAACAUGGUCGAUCUUUCAACUCAAACUUCUGGCACUUUGACCAGGGAUUGGAGCCCAAUGAGUAUAUGUCCUCCUCAUGGAAGGGUGUCAUCAUCAGAUGCAAAUGCUUUUAAUCACGAGGCAAGUCAUUUCCUUAUUGGAAGCAGUUCUAGUAAUGCUCCUGUAGAUGUUGGAGGUUUUCAUAAUGAAUUUGGAACUAGUAGAAAUCCUACUGCUCCUCAAAGUUUUCAUAAUAAUCUGACUCAAACUGCAAGAGGAGUUCACAGUAACUACUCUCAAAGAUCCACUCCAACUUUUAGGGCUUCUUCUAGCUUACGUUUGGGACGUGUGGCACCUUCUGAUGAUGGAUUGCAUAUGGUGUCCGAAAGUUACUCUUCUAGACAGCCAAGGCCAUUGACCACCGUUGGCUGGCAGAACAAUAAUAGAAAUGGAAGGUCAAGAAUACCUAGUGACAGAUAUCGGUCAUUGGAUGAUGAGGGUUUCAUGAUUGUUGAUCGCACUUCACUGUAUGGACCUAGGAAUAUGCUUGAUCGACAUAGAGACAUGAGGAUGGACAUAGACAACAUGAGUUAUGAGGAACUACUUGCACUUGGAGAGAGAAUAGGCCAUGUGAGCACAGGAUUGUCUGAGGAUUUGAUUUCCAAGUAUUUGACAGAAACAAUAUACUGUUCAUCUGAGCAAAGUCAAGAAGAAGAAGCUUGUGCAAUCUGCCUGGAAGAAUACAAGAACAUGGACGAUGUCGGGACGCUGAAAGCUUGUGGACAUGAUUACCAUGUGGGUUGCAUUAGGAAGUGGUUGUCUAUGAAGAAAGUAUGUCCUAUAUGCAAAGCUUCUGCUUUGCCUGAGGAUAAGAAGGGCAAAUAAACAAUUUAUUCAUUAUACUUUAGUUUAACGUAUAUCAUCAUUCUGUACAUAUAUUUGGAUAUUCCUUGAAGUGGAGAAAACAGACUUCCAUUUGGAUAUGUUGUUGUAAUAGCUAAUGCUAUACUCUAUCUAUAUGUCUAUGAAUUCGUUCUCUUUGGCUUCACUCUUAAUUUCGUGAAGCCUUGAAAUUAAAUUAUCGUACUUCAAUAUUUGAUUUAA